GUGGCGCAUCGCAGCCAUCAGGACUAUCGGGUUAUGAACAAUUCGGUGUUUUUCAUGCAAGAUACCCUCUGUUUUCCCGCGGAUUAAUGCAAUCGUCGUCGGUUGCAUGCUGGAAAGCGAUGGGGAAUUGAUAGAUAAAACAGUAGCCUAUUGAUAAACGGAGAAGCUCCUCCCAAAACCGUAUAUUUGUUUUAUACGCCGAAAUGAGGCAGGGGGCGGAAAGUCGCCGCAGAAACAUUGGGUUUUGGCCAAACAUCACACAGUUUCAGGUCAUAAUUGACGUUAAGUCGUGGGUUUGCGUUGCUUUUGGUGCAAAAUUACCGAAUUGAGCGAAUUUUGCCAGAGAAAUGCCGCUUGCUUGAAGACACCCCAGAUAUCGGUUGGCUGCUGCUGCCAUGACAGGUAGAGGUCUCCUCUCGACCACGGCUUCGCCGGUUGGAGAAUAAACAGGUUGAUUGGGACGUGGUCGCAGCUGCGGAACUGCCAAUGUCGGAUGUUAUUAUUAGUGGAGCCUGAUCCUGUAAAUAUAAGCGCAAACAUACAGUAAUUCGGGAAAAACUCAGGGAAAAUGUCUUCUCGUUCUGCAUUACCGUCUGGAAACGACAGGGGCACGGACCAUCAUGUGUCACUAGCCGCCAGUCGCUCAGACAAGGGCACCAGCCUGUCCAGCCGCUCACUGGGCGCCCGCUGCAGGAACUCCAUCGCCUCCUGCUCUGACGAGACUCCGCACAUCGGCAACUACCGCCUGCUUAAGACCAUCGGCAAGGGCAACUUCGCCAAGGUCAAGCUGGCCCGCCAUAUCCUGACGGGCAAGGAGGUUGCAAUAAAAAUAAUUGACAAAACUCAGUUGAAUCCAACCAGCCUACAAAAGCUCUUUCGAGAGGUUCGGAUAAUGAAAGGUUUAAAUCAUCCAAACAUAGUGCAGCUGUUCGAAGUGAUUGAGACGGAUAAGACCCUUUAUCUAAUCAUGGAGUAUGCCAGUGGAGGUGAAGUGUUUGACUACCUCGUAUCUCAUGGGAGAAUGAAGGAGAUUGAAGCCAGAGCCAAAUUUCGGCAGAUCGUGUCUGCUGUCCACUACUGCCACAUGAAGAACAUUGUCCACCGAGACUUGAAGGCCGAGAAUCUCCUGCUGGACGCCAACGCCAACAUCAAGAUCGCCGACUUCGGCUUCAGCAACGAGUUCACGCUGGGCAACAAGCUGGACACGUUCUGUGGCUCUCCACCCUAUGCCGCCCCGGAACUGUUCCAGGGGAAGAAAUACGACGGGCCCGAGGUGGAUGUCUGGAGCCUGGGGGUCAUACUGUACACGUUGGUGUCAGGGUCGCUGCCCUUCGACGGGCAGAACCUCAAGGAGCUUCGUGAGCGUGUCCUGAGGGGGAAGUAUCGCGUGCCCUUCUACAUGUCCACCGACUGCGAGGGGAUCUUACGCCGGUUCCUGGUGCUCAACCCUACCAAGCGCUGCACCCUAGAUCAAGUCAUGAAGGACAAGUGGAUAAACGCAGGGUAUGAUGAGGAUUCCCUGAAGCCCCAUAUAGAGCCUGUCGAGGACUACAGUGACACUAGUCGCAUAGAGGUGAUGGUGGGGAUGGGCUUCACUCCAGAGGAGAUCAAGGACGCUCUGCUCAACCAGAAGUACAAUGAGGUCACCGCAACUUAUCUACUGCUGGGCCUCAAGAACGAGGAUGGCAGCGAGUCUCGUUCGGCCAGUACCCUGUCCCUGGCACGGAUCCGGCCCAGCCCCAUCACCAACGGGACCAACAAACACUCCCCGGCUACUGCAGGCUCCUCUUCCUCCUCUUCCUCGCACAGCAAGACCCAGCGCAGCACCUCCACCUAUCACAGGCAGCGGCGGCACAGUGACUUCUGCGGGCCCUCCAUGCCCGUCAUGCACCCCAAGCGGAGCCCCACCAGCACGGGUGACCGGGAGCUGCGGGAGGGGCGCAUGCCACCGCGUAAGGCCAGCUGCAGUGUGAUGGGCAGUCGCUCGCUGCCCCCCUCCAGCCCCAUGGUCAGCAGUGCUAAUAAUCCCAACAAGUCAGAGAUCCCCGACCGCCGCAAGGAGAUGACGGCCACCACAGUGAGAAACAGUGAGAACAAUAUCCCGGGAAGUGCUAUGACCCGCCGGAACACAUACGUCUGCACGGACCGCUCCAGUACCGACAGACACUCCCUGCUGCAGAAUGGCAAGGAGAACAGCUCCCUGUCCCACCGCCUACCCCCCACCUCCCCCUCCACCCUGAGCAUCUCUGGGGCCGGGGCCUCCUCCUCCUCUGGUGAGCGCUGCCGUCUGACACGGGGCUCCACGAUUAGGAGCACUUUUCACGGGGGCCAGUUGAGGGACCGGGGCCCGCCUGUCUACUCGGCCCCGCCCACCUCCCCCACGCUGUCCCACCACGACGCCAGUCCACUGCCGCACGCCCGCAGCCGCGCCACUUCCAACCUCUUUACCAAACUCACCUCCAAACUCACACGCAGGGUCAAUCUUGACCCCUCUAAGCGCCAGGGCUCAAACAAAUCAGUCUCGGGUUGUACCCUUCCCCAGGGAUCAAAAACAGUUAGGUCACAAAUGAACCUGAGGGAAUCUGCCGAUCUGCGGUCACAAGGUCAGUACAUGUCACAAGUCGCCAUUUAUCUGGGCAUCAAAAAGCGGCCGAGCCCUGGGCCAUCGGAUGUGGCUGGAAUCUGAGGGUACCCCAGGGGCGGCGGGACCCAGCGGAGGUGGUGCUGGCUCUGCGGGAGGCGGCACGGGGCUGCGGCUGCCAGGUCCACCACGCCGGCCCCUUCCUGCUCUCCUGCACCCACGGGGCGUCCGGCGGUUGCGUGGCCUUCAAGGCAGAGGUGUGCCACCUCUCCACAGGGGGGGGUGCCUCCAACAAUAAGAGUUCCAACGGGGUGCGCUAUACACGACUUUGGGGAGCACCGCUCGUUUUCCGGGACAUCGCCAUGCAAAUCUCAAAGGACCUUGAACUCUGAAUAUAAAGGGGGUUGAGAAGGAUGGAAAGAGAAAUACAGAGAAAGAGAGACGUGGGGCUGGACUCAAGAUAAAUACAUUUGCCCCUGUCUCUUACGUGGCUAUAGCCCUACCCUCCUCCGCACCAGUCUCAACCUAACCACCCGCCCCCAUCGCUACACCACCCAGACCCAAAUGUACACCCCGUCCCUCUCGCCACUACUACUGAACAGCUUCACCCACUGGAACCUGAUCAGACAGGAAUCCAGCUUAAAAUGUUUUACUGUUAACUCUAGCCAUAAUGACUAUUUAUUUUAUGAUUGGUAUCAUUGUCUUUUUUAACGAUCACCAACUCCGUACCGACAACAUCAAAAACAUUCUCGAAAACAUUUCUCGUGUUUCGCCGUCUUUGAUGCGUGUCACAGUACAGAUAUAGGAUCUUGAUUUGAUCAUCCUGUUGCAGGAUAACUUUCCUGCAAUACAGGAAAUGUAAAAC